AUAAAAGGUUGUUGGAUCUAUUCACUAGACUUAACUAUUUUUUUGGUUUCACCCUAUAUUUUUCUAACUAUAUACUAAUCAGUUACCUUAUAUUUCUCUACCUAUAAAAUAACCAAUGCUCUUAUUUAAUACUCAACUUACUAUAAUACACCAAAGAUUUAUACAUCAAUAUUAUUAAUUCAAAAUCAUUGAUAUAUUUUACCCCUAUUUUUCCUUAGAAUAUUACUUUUGUGCCACUAAACCUAUUAAAAAAAUAGAUUAUUUUAUAACUAAUUUAAUAAUCAUACAACCCACGAUCAUUUUUCUUUAACAAAAGCAGUUACUAUAAAAACAUUUGGAUUUAUUGGUAAUUAAAGUCUGAACAAUACCAUACUUUUAAUUCAUAUUAAAUGUUUUAUGACCCAAACUAACAUAAAAACAUGAUGCAAGUACGGUUAACAGAAAGUUAAAAACAUGAUACCAUUCGACGGUCAAAAUAUAUUAACUUCCAAUUACGAUUAGAGAAAUACUUCACACUACAACAAAUAAGCUUAAUUAUAUUUUAAAAUUAUAGUUUUUUCUUUGAAAACCUUCCUAGGUUAUUUUUGUGAUGAAAAUCUUUUACAACUGGGUUUUAUUAGGAGAAAGGGUUUUGUAUAAAUAUUUUGUCAGGAAAUUAUAGCAUUUUUAGAAUAUUUUUUAUGUUUAAAAAAAAAUAUUAUUUAUUUUUAACAUUUAUAGGUAACUCAACUAUACUCAACUUAAUAAUAAUUUUAUUUCUAAAACUCAAAAAUUUAAUCUUAAUAUAGUCAUUAUAAAACCUAUAAACUAGAAUGUAUAACAUAAAAAAAUAUAGUUUAUUCAAUUUUAUAUCUUAGUAAAAUUUAUAUGAGAAAUUUAAUCAAAAAUUAAAAAAUAUUAUCAUGUUAUUUUAGUUUUUUACCAUGUCAUCGGGUACAGAUUCACGAGUUAAUAUGAGUUUUAGAUUUUAAAGGAUUUUAAAUAAUAGAUUUUUAUUAAAUUAAAACUAGAUUAUAUAUGGUGACUGCGUUUACUGGUUUGACUGUGGAUACCACUUAUUAGUGUUUUGGUUCAUUUUAGUGGAAACUUAGACUAAAUGUUGAGGACUUAUUAAGAUAUUUUUUUUAAUAUUUGAAAAAAAUAUUUUGAGUAAUUUGUUUUUAUUGGAUAAUUCAGCUUAUAAAUAGUAUAUUUAAGAUAUUUGGUUAUUUAGAAAUUACAUAUAAUUAAUAUUUGUAGGUAUAUAAUUUGUAUUUUAAAAAUUCAGGUAUCUAUUUAUCUUGGUUCUAGAUAUAUAUGAUAUAUUCGGUUAUUUAUAAAUUUUGGUUCAAGUUUGGUUUCAUUUUUUCAAUUUGGUACGGAUUGAUUAUUCGGUUCUGAAUAAUAUGGCCAAACUUAUAAACUAUCUUAUAUAAAAAUUUAUAAUAAAAAUUAUUAAAUUCAAAAAAUAAAUCCGCGCUUUCUAAGCGCGGGUCAAAAUCUAGUAUUCUUUAUUACUAUUAGGACAUUAGGAGAGUGUAAAAACAAAUUGAAGAAUGUUGGGACGCACGCAAAAACAUUUGAUUGAAUUAUACAGUAUUUAUAAACCUCACACAUCAAAGGUUGUUAUAGGCUCGUCAUGCCUUGUAUAUCUACUUUAAAAUGGUAUGCUAUCGAAACAACAAAUGGGAAUAUAAGUCUGCGUGAAGGCCGCUUCAGGUGUACCAGAUGGUGACUCAUUCAUACCCGAUUGGUUCUUGGCUAUUAGUCCCGAGGGAAAGUUUUCGUUGGUGAAGUUCGAUGACAAUGAGAAUUGGGUGGCUAAUUCCGAUGUUGUAGUUGGAAUCAUCGAGGAAAAGUAUCCGGAGCCUUCCCUGGUGAUGUUCCCUCCUGAGUUUGCCUCUAUCGGUGCUAUUAUCAUGCUUCUGAAGAACAAAGAUCACGCCAAUGACGGAACUGAGAAGGUUUUGUUGUAUGAGCUCGAGGCGUUGGACAAUCACCUCAAGACUCACGGUGGCCCCUUCGUCGUUGGUGAAACUGUCACGGCGAAGCUUUACCAUCUAGAGAUCGCGUUAGGACAUUUCAAGGAAUGGCCUGCCCCUUAGAACCUGACCAAUGUCCAAUGUUUUCUUUGAAUUCUUUUUUUUUUAAAUCGAAAUAUACGCUGUUCUAACGCAAAGAUUAAAAUAACUCACCACAUAAAGAUGCUACAGAAUAUAUAACUAACUACUCAUAUGUAUCAAUCAUAUAAAAUUUGCAUGGAAACAUCAAAGAAAAUGAAGGAAGAAAAUUCUGACACAUCUUAUACAAUGAAAUGGAAGGAACAUUGUUUGAUGGUAAUAAGGAAGACAAGUCUCGGUUGAUGAAAUAAGAGCGUCUCCAUAUGCUAUAUUAUGAUAGACUCCAAAUUAAUUACAAUCUUCUCAGAUGCUUAAAGAAGACGAAUCACGUUUCUAGAUGCAUUAACAAACAUGACAAAAAAAAAA